GGGGAAAGGUAGUCAGUCUUCCUGUGAUAGGAGGAUACUGCAAGAUUAUAUACCAAAGGGUCGGGUACUCAGGAAUUCUUAUAAAAUGGCUACAUAUUUUAUAUAAUAAUAAAUAUUUAAACAUUAGACUUGAGAGAAACUUUACCAAAGGCCUAAGAAUUAGAGAUAUGUUUGAUAAAUAAACAUUAUUCAUGGGCUGAAAACUCUGAGCGGGAAAAUAGGGCUAAUUUCAUCUGGACAACUUCUUGGAAACUCAUUUUUUAUUUUGGAAAUUACGAGAAAAUAAUUUGUUCCAUUCAUAAGUGGUGUGCACAUGCAUGUAUUUGUGUUCGUAUUUAUGAGCUUGUGAAUAAUGAAGUUAUACAAAAGUAUUAGCAGCAACCAGAUCUUAUGGAGUACUGGCCUGCCUGUGGUUCUCAAGAAAAUCUUAGAUGCUUUUGAUAAAAGCAGUUAGGAUUCUGUGUAUAUAAAUCUGGCAUUUUAAAAAGUCCAUAUUGGUGAUGAUCUUAGUUGUGAACAAGCUCCCUUUAAGACUUUAGACAUUGCUAUAUGAUCUAUGUAUUGGGUUAUAAAACUUCCCAAACAACUGAAGUUGCUAAAGACAAAUGAUGGAGAGGUUACACAAAGAAAAAUUGCAAACUCUGAAAGAGAAUACGUUCUUAUUUGUGUACUAGCAAAUGAGGAUUCAUGUUUCCGGUCAAUUUCUGUAUGAAUAAUUCCAGCCUGUAACAAGAACAAACAGUGAAUGAAUGAGUUAAUUUGAGUUGUUUGAAAAUAAGAAUGUUUUCCAUAAAGAGAUCAUUGAACUCAUCAAUUAACAUGCCAUGGUGACUUCUGGCUUGACACUGGUCACAACAUUUAAAAGUAAAAAGAAUGACCCAGUAGAUUUACAAAUUAGGUGCAUAUAGAAUUUAAGGUCAGGAUAUUCAAACAAUCACAACCAGUGAUAUUACAUUGAGAGGUGAAGCCAGCUGGACUUCCUGGGUCAAGUGGGGAUUUGGAGAACUAUUCUGUAGCUAGCAAGGGGAUUGUAAAAUGCACCAAUCAGUGCUCUGUAAAAGGCACCAAUCAGCACUCUUUAGGUAGCAUAGGGAUUAUAAAAUGCACCAAUCAGCACUCUUUAGGUAGCAUGGGGAUUAUAAGAUGCACCAAUCAGCACUCUUUAGGUAGCAUGGGGAUUAUAAAAUGCACCAAUCAGCAGUCUGUAAAAAUGCACCAAUCAGCACUCUAGCUAGCCAGAGGAUUGUAAAAUGCACCAAUCAGCGCUCUGUAAAAGGCACCAAACAGCGCUUUGUAAAAUGCACCAAUCAGUGCUCCGUAAAAUGCACCAAUCAUCAGGAUCCCAAAAGUAGCCAAUCGCAGGGAGGAUUGAAAAAAGGGCACUCUGAUAGGACAAAAAUGGAACAUGGGAGGGGACAAAUAAGGGAAUAAAAGCUGGCCAUUCCAGCCCACAGCACAACCCACUCAGGUCCCCUUCCACGCUGUGGGAGCUUUGUCCUUUUGCUCUUAAAAAUAAACCUUGCUACCACUUAGUCUUUGGGUCCACUGCGUCUUUAAGAGCUGAAACCUUGCUACUGCUCAGCCUUGGGUCCAUGCCGUCUUUAAGAGCUGUAACAUGACUGCAAAGGUCAGUGGCUCCAUUCUUGAAGUCAGCGAGACCACGAACCCACCUGCAGGAACCAACUCUGGAUACAACACCAGCAUUUUAAAAAUUUCUUUUUGUCUGUUCAGACAUGAUAACUUUUCUGCCCAUCAUUUUUUCCAUUCUAGUAGUGGUUAUAUUUGUUAUUGGAAAUUUUGCUAAUGGCUUCAUAGCAUUGGUAAAUUCCACCGAGUGGGUAAAGAGACAAAAGAUCUCCUUUGCUGACCAAAUUGUCACCGCUCUGGCGGUCUCCAGAGUUGGUUUGCUCUGGGUGUUAUUAUUAAAUUGGUAUUCAACUGUGUUGAAUCCAGCUUUUUAUAGUGUAGAAUUAAGAACUACUGCUUAUAAUGUCUGGGCGGUAACCGGCCAUUUCAGCAACUGGCUUGCUACUAGCCUCAGCAUAUUUUAUUUGCUCAAGAUUGCCAAUUUCUCCAACCUUAUUUUUCUUCGCUUAAAGAGGAGAGUUAAGAGUGUUAUUCUGGUGAUGCUGUUGGGGCCUUUGCUAUUUUUGGCUUGUCAUCUUUUUGUGGUAAACAUGAAUCAGAUUGUACGGACAAAAGAAUAUGAAGGAAACAUGACUUGGAAGAUCAAAUUGAGGUGUGCAAUGUACCUUUCAGAUGCGACUGUAACCAUGCUAGCAAACUUAGUACCCUUUACUGUAACCCUGAUAUCUUUUCUGCUGUUAAUCUGUUCUCUCUGUAAACAUCUCAAGAAGAUGCAACUCCGUGGCAAAGGAUCUCAAGAUCCCAGUACCAAGGUCCACAUAAAAGCUUUGCAAACUGUGAUCUCCUUCCUCUUGUUAUGUGCCAUUUACUUUGUGUCUGUAAUAAUAUCAGUUUGGAGUUUUAAGAAUCUGGAAAACAAACCUGUCUUCAUGUUCUGCCAAGCUAUUGGAUUCAGCUGUUCUUCAGCCCACCCGUUCAUCCUGAUUUGGGGAAACAAGAAGCUAAAGCAGACUUUUCUUUCAGUUUUGUGGCAAGUGAGGUACUGGGUGAAAGGACAGAAAUCUUCAUCUCCAUAGAUUCAUAAGAGGGUCAUUGUGUGUCUUCUAACAGAAAACGAACUGGUGGUGUAUGAAACAUUUUAUAUUUCUUACUGUGUUUUCUGUAAUGUAUGUGUAUGAAUAAUUUCCAAUCAUAAACCUAGAUAAAUCUUUAACCUAAAGUUAGUCUAAAAAAUGUAUGUAUGUGUGUGUGUGUUUAUGUGUGUAUGAAAAACUUAAGAACAUUGACAAUAACAUACUCUUUUUUGUUUUUUCAUAUGAACUGCCAAAUUAUACAAAAUAUGACAAAAAUUCCUCAGAAUUAUGAAGCCAUGUGUAUUUCAUUCAUGUAUUUUAUAUUUCAUUUGUAGAAUUUACAAUGUCUAUUUAUAAUUAUUAAGAACUAACAGCUUAUCUCAGGAAAGAUAUUGCUGUUUUCUAUUGUUAUUUGAACCACACAAAUAUACCACAGCGUGCUUAGAAUUCAUUGUUUGAACCUCUAUCUUGUUGGAUGGUAAAGUCAUUCAAUUCUAAAUCAA